AUGCAUUUCCUUACUAUCUCCCUAGCCACCUGCCUCCUCCUAAUCAGUCAAUCCAUCGCCGUCAGUGACGUCACCACGAAAUUCCACUUCUCAGGAACCAUCUCCUGCAAUCGGACCGAUCGGGGAUCCCACUAUGUCUCAUGGAUUGAGUUAUGGGAGAGUGAUAGUAUAGUUGAUACAGAGUGGACACGAUUCGCGGAUGAUCGAUUGGAGCAGAAUUAUACAUUGGAUUGGAGUAAGAAUCCGGUGAAGUUUGCAUUGGAUGCAGUGGCACAUGGAGAUGGAUUUGAGAUGAUUUCCCAAGAAUACGAGCUCUACUACCGUAUCAAACACAACUGCAACAAGGAUCGAGCGCCGGAAAUCAAGAAAAUCAACGUUUUCGGCACAUUUGUAACCGCGGAUAGAGCGUAUCGACAUAUCGGCGAGCGAUUGGAUGUGACGUCAUAA